AUUACUUGGCUUGCAUGGAGGCGCUUUAAAUGCUAUGUAAAACAUUCCCUUUUCCACCUCUGUUUUUGUUUCAGUAAUAGUGGUCGUGAUAAUCAUACAUGAAGGCUCCAAGAUUUCCUGCUGAUCAUACUGAGGAGAUCAUGAACAUGGAAUAUCCUUUUUGCAGCACGACUGAAUUCACAACAACAACAACAAGAAGAAGCAAAAGAAAGAACAAGAACAAGAGAAGAUUCAGCAACGAUCAAAUCCGAUCGUUGGAAUCGAUAUUCGAAUCCGAAUCCAGGCUCCAUCCUCGAAAAAAGUAUCAGGUGGCUAAAGACUUGGGAUUGCAGCCCCGGCAGGUGGCCAUAUGGUUCCAGAACAAGAGAGCCAGAAGGAAGUCCAAGGACCUCGAACGAGACUACGCCACCCUACAAGACAAUUACAACAAUCUAGCCUCCAAGUUCGAAGCCCUAAAGAAGGAAAAAGAGGCUUUACUGUCUCAGUUGCAGAAGCUGAACAAUUUGCUUAAGAAGCCGAAAGAGGAAGAGCAAUGUAUUGGGCAAGUUGACGACAAGCUGAGCUUUUCAAUGGAAAGAUCGGAACAUGCAGUCGGAGUGUUGUCCGAUGAUGAUAGUGGCUAUUUCAUACUAGAAGAAGAGCCUGAACUUAUAAGCAUAGUGGAACCAGCUGAUGGUGCCUUAACAUCACCGGAAGACUGGCACGGUUUCGAAUCUGAUGCUCUCUUUGAUCCGUCCGGCAGUGGGUAUCAGUGGUGGGAUUUUUGGUCUUGAACGAAUGAAGUAAUGGAAAUGAAGUAUGGAGGAAAAUGUAUGUAAAUAAUCUUCAUCCUAUGGGGCAUAGGAGAGGGGGGAUUAGAUUAUGUAUCAGUUAAUUUAGAUGAAGAAAGACUAGAUUUUAGGGUCUGAGAACAUAUGAAUUCACUUGAUCCAUAUUAUAAAAUCCAACUUCAGCUUC